AUGGCCACCACCAUCUUGGGCCACGGCAACCUCGUCACACCUCCUCCUCGUGUUCCUGGCCCAGCCAUGGAGGCAGCCUGCGGCCAGCAGAACGUCGACUCUGUGCUCGCAGACUCCGGUAUCCCGCUAGAGAACUUUCGCAAUGUCCCCGCAACCUGUACGUUCUUCAAUAGAUUAUUCUGGUGCCUCGGGGAGAAGACUAACUCGACAGGCCAACUCGAUUUGUGUCGCGGCGCUACAUUCGCAGACAAUACGGACCGUGUUCAGACCUUCACCGCCGGUCAGGUCGUACCGAUCACGGCCGAGAUUCCUAUCCCCCACGAGGGGCCCUGCAAUGUUUCCCUUGUCGACACAGCGUCCAAUACUGUCAUCGGUCUACCUCUUAUCUUGUUCCAGAGCUACGCAGACGAGAAUCUCGCCCAGCUCCCUCCAAACAACACGGCGUUUGAAGUCACUAUUCCUCAGCUGCAGCCUGGGCAGUGCACACUAGCAGGCGAGUGCACGAUGCAGUGGUUCUGGUUCGGUACCAACGCUCAGCAGACUUACGAGAGCUGCGUCGACUUUGUGUUGGCUUGA